AGGCCCUCCCACGGCCAAGCUAAACCUUCCCCAUCUCCUCUACCUGCUUAUGCAUUAGAGCCACCGGAGUUGUCCUCAUUUGGCAGCUAAGUUCUCCUUUCCCAAUCUUUUCGUUUCAUUUCGGUCCUUGUAGUUCCGUUUCAUUUCCAGUCUACUCCUCGUUCUCUUGCAACCAAGCCCCUGAGCUCUGUCCAAUUCUAGUCUCCGCUCCUUCUUCUUCCUCCUGGGAGGAGUCCGCAGAUCUGGUCUAAGAUAGAGAACCGUAGCUUCGCCCAUGUUUACCUACCCCUUCCUCUGACGGCUGCCGUCCUCCGAUGAAGCUGCGCGUCCGCUGCCGCUCCCACUCCUUCUCCGUCGCUUUCCUCUACUGGUUCUACGACUUCUCAUGAACUCUUCGCCCCUCGGGAACACGCCGCAUCCUUCGAUCCAGUCUCUAGUUGAUUAGAUCUCGCUUUCUUUCUCUCUAGUUUUUUUGAAUCCUCUUCCUCCCACCAACAAAAAAAGAGAUCCCGCCUGGUUCCUGAGCCAAGUUUCUCUGAGAAAUCCGACCAUGUCGCGCCGGAGCUCCAGCCCGGAGAGCAACAUCGAUGGCGGCAGCGGCAGCGGGUCCGCCGGCGACGAGCGGAAGCGCAAGAGGAUGCUGUCGAACAGGGAGUCGGCGAGGCGGUCCCGCGCGCGCAAGCAGCAGCGCGUGGAGGAGCUCAUCGCCGAGGCCAGCCGCCUCCAGGCCGAGAACGCGCGCGUGGAGGCCCAGGUCGGCGCCUACGCCGCCGAGCUGAGCAAGGUGGACGGCGAGAACGCCGUGCUCCGGGCGCGCCACGGCGAGCUCGCCGGGCGGCUGCAGGCGCUCAGCGGCGUCCUGGAGAUCUUCCAGGUCGCCGGCGCCCCCGUCGACAUCCCGGAGAUCCCCGACCCGCUGCUCCGCCCGUGGCAGUCCCCCUUCGCGCCGCAGCUCAUCCCCGCCACCGCCGCCGGCGCCAUGGCCGACGCCUUCCAGUUCUGAGAUUCCCCCCAAGACAAGACAUAGCCUUAUGCCAUGGCAUUGCCAUGGAUCAUGAUGGGGUUUGCUGAUUACUGUUACUGCUGCUGCUGAAGAAGAAGAGUACUGCUAGUCUACUGCUAUUAGCUUGUGUUGGUUAAUGUUUAAUUAUGGUUUGAUUCAUGUCGCUUGUGGUAAUUCUAGAGCAUUAUUAGUAAGUGUUUUGUGAUUGUAAUCUUGCCUCUGAUGCCAUGUGCUCCUACCAAGAAAUUUCCUAUGGAUGGAUAAGAACAAAUGUGACUCAUGUGUGUGGAUGGGGCACAUGGAUAAUGGCUUGAGAUGAUUUGUAAUAAUAUCUUGACAUUGGAACCUUUAUAUGUUUGCAUUAUCAACUUUGUGUUGCA